GCCAGUCCUGACCUUUACCUUGAUCAGUACUACUGUGAUGGCACUCUGUCUACAAGGCUAAAUUAGAGGGGAAAUACUCGACUGUAUCGUUGGCAGAUUUCGGUCGGAGUGGAUAAUGAUGAGACCAGAAAAGAAAUAACGUUACCAGGAGGUGUUACAGCCGUAAUCAAUAUGACAUCCUCAUCAUCAUCAUCAUCGUCGUCCUCUGUCCUGCGGGGGUCCAACAACUUCGUAUGGGACCUGAGCCGACCGCUGGGUCAGGGGGCCACCAGCAUGGUCUACAGUGGCAGGAACAAGAGGACGGGGGAUGCUGUGGCUGUGAAAGUGUUCAACGCCUCAAGUUACCAGCGUCCUGCACAGGUCCAGUUCAGGGAAUAUGAGGUCAUGAAGAAACUAAAUCACGAAAACAUUGUCAAGUUCCUGGCAGUGGAAGAGGAGCAAACCUCCUACCAGAAGGUGCUAGUGAUGGAGCUCUGCCCACAUGGGAGUCUCUUCACGCUGCUGGAGGAACCAGAUAAUGGCUUUGGGCUUUCAGAAGAGGAAUUCCUGCUGGUGCUGAUGCAUGUCUCUCUGGGCAUGAAGCACCUGCGGGACCUGGAUGUGGUGCACAGAGACAUAAAACCAGGGAACAUCCUCAGGCACAUCGGAGAAGACGGCAGAUCCAUUUACAAGCUGACGGACUUCGGUGCAGCACGAGAACUUCACGAUGAGGAGCGGUUCACUUCACUGUAUGGGACAGAGGAAUACCUGCACCCGGAUAUGUACGAGAGAGCAGUGCUGAGACGAGGAUCUGGACAGAAGUUCUUUAGCACUGUUGACCUGUGGAGCCUGGGAGUGACCCUGUACCACACGGCCACCGGCAGCCUCCCCUUCAGGCCCUUCGGGGGACGUCGCAACAGGGAGACAAUGUACCAGAUUACUACGAAGAAGGAAUAUGGUGUGAUAUCUGGGGUACAGCGGUGUGAGGGCGGACCGAUCGACUGGAACCGAGAACUCCCACAGACGUCACGACUUACAAAUGGUCUGAAGCUGUUGAUGACACCGGUUCUAGCGGCUCUGCUGGAGCGGAACCCCGAGAGAACCAUGCUGUUUGAGAAGUUCUUCCAUGAGUCUGCAACGAUAUCCUCCAAGCUGAGCACGGACAUCUUCUGUCCUGCCCUGUGUGCCAGCAUCCGGGUGUUCCUGGACAGAUCUGAUGUUUAUUCAAAGCUCCAAGAGAAGAUUGCAGAGCAGACGGACAUUCCGGCGAGUGACCAGCUGAUCCUGUAUGAUGGCCAGGAGUUGACCUCUCUAGUUGACCACAUUGCCCCGGUCCACACAUACCCCCUUGACAUCUCCCCAAGUCACCCCCUCAUCGUCUACAACAAGUCAGAUGACCAUCUCUGUUACUGCAAGCCAGCUAAGGGCUCCUUCCCCAACCUCCAGAGCACAGGUUACCUGGAUGUAGAUGCCAGCAUGGCCAAGAAAUGCAGCAUUGUGGUGUGUUCUAAAACCCGCGCUGUUGAGACGCUGCUGUCACGGAGCUGCCAGAUGCACGUCGCUGUCAGACAGUAUAGACAGUCUUUGUACAACCGAAUUAACACAGUGACCAACAUCAUGAACAAACUGCUCCCCUUCUGCCUAGCCACACAACAGUGGCAUGAGAACUUCUUACGGCUACAGAACCAACAACUGCGUGUGCUGCAGCUACUCCUCAACACCAGUGUGGGUGGCAGCAACAUCCAGACUCUACUGAGUCAGGUGCAGGAGACACUCCGGACCUCACAGGCCAAAUGUCAGUCUGGGGCUCUCAAGGUGCAGCAGACGCUGGACCAGGCCAAGAAGGGACUUGGCUCCGUGGAGGAGCUGCACCAGAAAGUGAAGAGCUGGAAACAGGAUGAGAAGACCUUGAAGGAGGAGAGAUGGUUGGCCAGGAUCCAGGUGGUCAGCAGCAAGACCAAGGCCAUCCUGUACAAGUUCAAGGAGGACAAGGCCAAGAGAGUCCUCAACUUCAACGAGGAACAGAUCCACCAUUUUGAAAGAUCCAGCCUGCAUGAGAUGUGCUCUAAAGCCAAGUCUAUAUUUGAAACUGUGGAUGAGAGAGUAAAAUUACAGGCGGGGGCGUACAAGCAGUGGUACAGCUGUGCCUGUGAGUGUUGGCGGCAGUGUCAGGUGCUGGAGAUAAGGCUGAAGAACCUGUUUGAUCAGCAGUCUCACUUUGUGGAGAGUCUCAGCUUGUUCUGUCACAAGUACCAGCAGAUUGUGGAGGACCGUCUGAAGCGCAUCGAGCAGGACUCAGGUGUGGCGGACCUCAGCCUGGCAGAGUACGACAAUAUUGUCAAAGUGGACGACCUCACAGUGGAGGUCACCAAGGAGACCCCAUCCAGGAAGGAGGUGACCGGAGACUUCCUGGAAAUGAUAAAAACCUCCAGGUCUUCAUUAGAAGAAGUGAUGUUGCUCGUGCAUGAAAACACAAGUCUUCUCCAUAGCUUCAACGGCCUUGGCGUGGACACAGCCUGGCAGCAGCCAGACGUCACAUGACCUACUGACCAGUACCUAGCUGUUGUAUAUCUCCCCACUAGAUGUCCCCGAUAUAUGUCCUACCUUAGUGUCAAAGCAAGGGGCUGUACCUACACUCCAUACGUUUGUGUUUUAACUCAGCAAGGCAAUAGUCAGUCUGCCCUACAUGAACCUAACUUUGUAGUAACAGGAUCACGUGAGUUGAUUCAACAGUAUGAAUGAAUAUCUGCAUGAAGGAUAAUAUCAAGUUUUGGUGUACGAAUCUGAAAGAUAUACUGUUGGUGUGAUAUGUCAUACAUGAUACUGGUACAUGGUCUCUGAUUUGUCUGAUCAUUAUCUGAUUUGGUCUAUACUUGAAAUACCGGUAUUUAUGACUAAAGUUAUGAUUAAAGAGGGGAAAUUGACUUAUCUGAGAAGAAACUUUGGAACCAUUGCCUCUCACAGGACAUUUAGUUCAAGACAACCAUGAGUUUCACAAAUCAAUGUUCGCCACAACGUCGACACAAUGUUCAACACAACGGUACUAAACUGUAGUGUAUUCUGAAUCCUUUGGCACAUUAAUUAGAAAUGACAAGAUAUUGCCUGUAGGGAGGUAUACCGUGUACAGAAUAUAUUGUGUUAACUCUGACCUGUAGAUAUGUGGAGGUGACUGGCGUCGGUCUGGCGUCAUGUGUGUGAAUACAUGGAGUUGUACAUAUACUGUUCCUCAUAAACUUGAAAAUGUUUCUGCCACCAGUGCCAUUAUAUGGAGAUGUUUGUGUGACCUAACAGGGAUGUUGUUUAGUAGGAGAGUUAUCUCCCCGCCUUGAAGAGGAUUGUUUCCUUCUGUAUAUCGUGUAGUGUUUGAUUGAACCUCAUCUUCCCGAGGCAAGGGAGUUAACUGAUUAUAAAAGUCCUGUUUCCUUGUUGAAGUUAUAUUUGGUUGGACUAUGCAUGUAAGGCCCAAAUAUUGUAUCAUGGAGUCAUAUUUUGGUUGGACUAAUGAGUCCAUGCAUGUAAGACCCGUUUUAUUCCAAAAUAGAUAUUGAUCAUCAAUCAGAUUGUCUUCACUGAGCGACACCAUCUUAUUUGAAGCAAAUGCAAGGUGGAUUGGUCAAUAGAAUAGUCAUAGAAGGGACAUAACUCGUAAUAGUCACUGGUGGCGCUACGAUCAAUCCCAGAAAAUCUAGGCUAGGGUGGAAACUGGAAUUUUGCAGUCAGUUAACUCCCUUACCUCAGGAAGAUGAUUGAACCUAAAUGUAGUACAGGACCGGAGGCACAAACCUCAUGGCACAUGUUUGAGUCUUGUUCUGAUGUUUUUAGUUGAUGUGUUUUUAUUCAUUCAAGCAUGAUGCUAAUUACGGGCUUUCCCUAUUAAUGGAUAUUUUAUUUCAUCAUGCAAUCAGUUGGCAGGGUUUUACCUAGACUUUGAAAAGUGGGGUCAAGGAGACCUCCAAUAAUAAAUCUUUCGGGUCCUUGCAGGCAAUAUGAGGUUCCUGUAAAGUAAUGAAA